UAUUCAACGGAAAAAUUUUUGGAAAAAUUUUUCAAGGGGUCAAAAAUCACAGACUUCUCUUUGCAGCCACCAUGCAAAAACAGCCUUUUGAGAUACAUCAAGCGUUGCAAAUUACAUUGCACAUAUGUGCAGACAAGCCUCUUAACCAAUGAUAGAGCAAGAAGGCUCAAGUACACCACGUGUGGAAAGGUGACUUUUCUAAUUCUGUUUAAUGAAUUUCUUUCGCAAAAUCCAGAGGAUGUUCGAAACUACUUAGAUCUUUUGAAACUACAGGAUUGGCUGCAUGCAAAUAAACUUUCCCUGCACGUAGUGAAAACGCAGUCACUUGUUAUAGGCUCUGGUCCAAACAUCCGUAAGAUCGAAAGCCAGCCUGAUGCUCCACCAUCUUUUUCUUUUUCAAUAGGUGAUCAGAACAUUGAAAUGAUCACCAACACAAGAUACUUAGGUGUUCAGAUAGACAGUAAGCUCAACUGGGACAAGCAUAUCGAUACUAUCAAGACCAAGGCUAUUCGAGCCCUUGGACUUAUUAAGUAUUCUAAGAAAUAUCUUCCAUCUGACAUCCUCAUCAAAAUGUAUAGAGGAAUUGUUGAGCCCCAUUUGAGCUACUGUUGUUCCGUUUGGGGCUGCUGUAAUGAAUCAAAGCUUGACGUGUUGCAAAAAAUCCAAAAUAGAGCUGCCAGAAUUGUAACUAGCAGCCCAUACGAUGCGUCUGCUGCUGCGAUAAUUCAGAAUCUUGGCUGGUUAACCAUCAGAAAUCUUGUAAGAAAGGAGACAGCCACGCUAACUUACAAAUCUCUAAAUAUGCUUGCACCAGACUACUUGAGAAAAAUAUUCGAAAAAUGUUCGGAUGAUAGAGAACGGUUUCUGCGUUCAUCAGAAACUGAUCUCAAGAUACCGCUGCUAAAAACGAUAAAUGGCCAAAAGGCUUUUUCUUAUCGCGGUCCAAAACUGUGGAACAGUCUAGAAAGGGCUACAAAAUUGGCCCCCUCCUUGAAAACCUUCAAAGAACAACUAUAGUCGGGGACAACUUUUAUUUCAUCUUUACGUUCACUUUUUAUAGCCUUAGUAUUAUUAAAUAUUGUAAAUUAGGUUUGAUUGGUAAAUUUCUUCGGUUACUAGUAUUUUAACAUAGUUAUUAGCUCUUAUUUUAAUCUUUUAAACAGGUCAGGUUGAAAAACAUCUAUAUGAACCUUUAACCUGUAUAAAUAUUAUAAAAUGAAAAUUAUAUUAUAAAAUGAGGCUUACGAUCUUGUAGAAGUGGAAGACUUAAGAAGAGGCAUUGAUAUGUCUGAGGAUAAGGAUGAAGAUGAAUAAUUUUUUAGGUAGACUUGAUAGUAUUCAAAUAUAUUGUAACAGUAAUGUUUUCUUUUGGAAAAAAUUUAAUUUUUUACACCUCCCUUAACCCCCUAAAUUCUAAAUAUAGAAAAACACUUUCAAAUAUCAGCCAACAAUCAUAGAUAUAGUCAAAGAACAUAUCUAUCUUUAUCUUAUUGAAAUUUAUUGAGGAAACCAAAUUUGUAGCAAUUAACCCCAAAAUUUGUCUUUAGAUCCCCCAUAUCUCGGGAAAGCCCCCUUAAACCGUUGAUCAACACCCAAAUUCGAAAUCUACGCAAAAAACUGAACCAGAAUAGAUUGGUCUCAUAAAUUCUCCGUUCGGGUGGUGGUGCUCCCCUUCC